AUGCUACCCAGAAGUUUGCGGUCUAAUGUGAGCUUUUAUCCUUUGCUAGGAAGGCUACUGAAUGCAAAAGUCAUCAAAGUAAUGCUAGCAAUAGCAGUGAUAAUCAACUUAUUUUUCCUCACUUCUCUAGUUUUUGAUAGCAACAACAAACCACGAAAGAAGAAGUCUUACAUUUCAAAGCUAAAACUACCGAAACUUUCGUCAGACAAGAAGAAUGCAAAAGUGAUAACAUUAAAAACGGGACCUAAUCAUAAACUACAAUAUCAUCAAGGAUUAGGUGGCGCAUCUCUCGAUGAUAUUCCCAAGAUAAUAGAGGUAAGGAAUGCCGAUAUAAGCUAUACUAAUGGUGUGCAGUUGGGAUCCAAACAAUUAUACCCUAUUUCCAACAAGCCAUACGAAGAAUUGGAUGACGACGAGAAGAUCUUGUACAAGUUGAACCAGGUCAAUAAAGACAAGGAAAAAUACUGGUUAGGACAUACUGAGCUCACUGAUUAUGAAAUAAAAAUCAAUGUCAAGGACUUUCUACUGGAAAAUUGGGUCGAUAAACCAGUUUUGUUUUAUGAUCCCAGAUUCACCUUGACGAUAUACCUCGCUGAAAUACGCAACCAGUAUUUGCAAAAGAACCCUGAAAACUCGCCAUAUUACAGAAAUGAGAUUGUCGUCCCCUUUGCUUGGUCAGAUUGGGUCGACUUGACCAUGUUGAACCAGGAGUUGGUGAAGCCUGAGAAUAAGAGGAAAACGUGCGAAUACAUGAAGGCUACGCACCACAUACCGACAAAGGUUCGUGAUUAUUGUAUAAACAAUGUUGAUAUUGGCGGAAAGGAGUUGGAUGAGAUGCAACUACCUCUGAUUGACUAUGUGCCCGGGUUUGCUGUUAAGAAAUCUCCGACAAACAAAGCAUCAAAUGAAGUAAGGAUGUUGGAAGGUAAAUCCCAUCUUCUAACGUAUGCACCCAACCCUUUGGCGGUUAUAUUCUUGACCAAGCUGGGGGUGUAUGAAGCUAAAAUCGAUCAAAAGCAACGCAUUGUCGAUGGAGACUUAUUUGAAAACUACAUUAAGCGUAACAAUAUACCCAGAACACAAGCUGAACCGAUUACUUUAAACCCAGUAAAGGAGUUUGAUGUUUUACUUGAGCAAGUGAAGCCUACAAUUUUGGACCCUGAAGAAGAUGAAUAUGGAUUGUUUGCCAAGUCGAGGGGUGGUGGUUCCGGCUCUGGCUCUGGCUCUGGCUCUGGCUCUGGUUCAAGUUCACGUGAGAUAUACUUGCCACAGCUGGCGUUUGAUUAUCAACAGGAUAAAAUUGGCGCUCAGAUUAAAUUUUACGAAAAGAGAUUAAAAGUUUUGCAUGAUUUGACUACUAAUGAACUUACAUUUAAUCAACAAGUGAUUAAUGAAGUGCGAUUAGAUAGGAAUGAGAAAAUGUAUUAUGAUGGAUUGAAAUUUGCCAAUAGAUAUUCUUUGAAAAAGGAACCCACUCAUUUUCGGAUGGCAAGAUUAAAUUUCCACAAUGCCGAGAAUGAUCAUGAUGCUGGUUGGCAUUAUGAAUGGAGAUUUUUCAAUGGAGCUUUACGAUACUUGAAAAAGGGGUGGACAGAAGAAGAAUUGUUGAUUAGAGAAAAAGUAUUGUUGGAUAGAAUAUUGAGGAAUUGGUUCAAGUUUGCUAGUGAAAAGGGGCUUGUCUCAUGGAUAGCCCAUGGUCCCUUGUUGUCGUGGUAUUGGGAUGGUUUAUUGUUUCCAUUUGAUGAGGAUAUCGAUAUUCAAAUGCCAGCUAAAGAAUUGGCCAAAUUUUCCAAAUUAUAUAAUCAAACAUUGGUUGUGGAGGAUAUAAAUGAAGGAUUUGGCAAGUAUUUUAUUGAAUGUUCAUCAUUUGUUCAUCAUCGCGGUAAAUCAUACAAGGAGAAUCACAUUGAUGCUCGAUUUAUUGAUAUUGAUACUGGAUCUUAUAUUGAUAUUACUGGAUUAGGGGUCAGUGAUGAACCAGUUCCUGAUAGAUAUGCCGAAUUGAUUGAAAGAAAUGAAAUGGAAGGUCAAGCAAGACAAGUUUACAAUUGUCGAUUCCCACAUUUCUAUUCCCAUGAUGAAAUAUCGCCAUUAAGAUACACUAUGCUUGGUGGUGUACCAGUAUAUGUACCCAAUAAAAUUGAAACUAUACUUCAACAAGAAUAUAAAAAGGGGUUAACUGGGUACGAUUAUGAUGGAUUCUUUUUCGUUGAUGCAUUAAAUCUUUGGAUUCAUCAUAGUAAAUUGGAGUUUUUGUUUCCCCAGGGGGAAAUUUACGUCAAGAAUAAAAAUAAAAGUAAAAAUAAAAAUAAAAAGAAGAAGCAAUUGGAUGUGACUAAAUUUACUGGCUUUGUCCAAAAUAUAACUCAAUCACAAGUGGUUGAGUUAUUGGAAAAAGAUGAAGAUAUCUUAUUGGAGUAUUAUCUCACUAAAGAUGUCACUGAUUUACAUAAAUUAGAAUUGACCCACAUGUUUAAUAUGCCCGAGGGAGUUGAUACUAAAAUUGGUGAUAUUUUGGGCAUGAAAUUACAAGAUGAGGUUUCGAAUGAUGAAAAGUAUCAUCAAUUAACGUCAAAUUUCAAGUUUCAAAUACCUUUUAGACGAUCAUUGUUUAAUUAUGAAAUGAUUGAUCGACCUAGACAUCAUCACUAG